AUGCGCGCUGCCGACCCGAGUCUCAUUGCCUUUGCGACAGCUAGACCGCUGCAGGAACGCUCGCAGUCCAUUCGUGACGGCAUUUUCUCGACCGUCAGGAGCGACGCCCCUGGAAGGACAGAGUCACAUCGAGUGGCAGAAUCACCUGGAGCAAGCUCUGGCGCCAUUUCCAAGGAUGCGGUGCGGACAGCGUGGACGUAUGUUGCAACCUUCAAAAAGCGACAUAUGCUUGGGAUCGAGGCAGAUGAGACCCAGACGGUUCCAAUGAAGACUCUUCUCAACGCUUUGAGGAGCAUUGACCCCAACAUCUCUUUUGGAGAGGUCGAGUGGGUGAUGGGUAAGGAGAACGCGACAAAUGACACACCGGUGAGUGUCGACGAUUUUCUGGACAUGAUGGCAGAGGACCUUCCUGACUUUGACCCUUUGGAACACUCGUUCCAUUACAUUUGCGAUGCUGAGGGUCACAUGGACAUGGAGAAGGUCCGCGACACGAUGAUCCUGUCCGGGGAACUUGGGGUCACCGAGACAAUCCUCUCUGCGGCAGUAAAGAGGAUGGUCGAAGAGCAAACCACAACUCACAAGAAAAAGAAAGGGCCUAUCGAGUUCCGUGACUACAGGAAGCUGUUUUCCUUGAAACCAUCAGGAGACGAGCGAGGCCAGUCCUUCCUGGGUUGGGUGCACGUAGCCGUUGGGUGCCGACUUUGCGACUACUGA